AUGGGGAAGCUGAACGCGGUGACGCUGCGCUACCUGAGCCGCGAGCACUUCAGGGUCCUCACGGCGGUGGAGAUGGGCAUGAAGAACCACGAGAUCGUCCCCGCGAGCCUAGUGGCCACCAUCGCCAGCCUGAAGCACGGCGGCUGCAACAAGACGCUGCGGGAGCUGGCCAAGCACAAGCUGGUGGCCUACGAGCGCACCAAGGCCGUGCAGGGCUACCGGCUCACCAACGCCGGGUACGACUACCUCGCCCUGAAGGCGCUGUCUUCCCGGCAAGUCAUCGCUUCCAUUGGGAACCAGAUGGGCGUCGGGAAAGAAUCAGAUAUUUAUAUAGUUGCAAAUGAAGAGGAGCAGCAGUUUGCACUGAAGCUGCACAGGCUUGGAAGAACUUCCUUUCGCAACCUUAAAAAUAAACGUGACUACCACAAGCACAGGCAUAAAAUGUCAUGGCUGUAUCUGUCCCGGCUAGCAGCAAUGAAGGAGUUUGCCUACAUGAAGGCCUUGCAUGACAGAAAGUUUCCCGUUCCCAAACCUGUAGACUACAACAGGCAUGCAGUAGUUAUGGAACUUAUUAGUGGUUAUCCCUUGUGCCAAGUGCGACAAUUGGAAGAUCCUGCCUCUGUCUACAGUGAAUUAAUGGAUCUAAUUGUAAAACUUGCCAAUCAUGGUUUGAUCCAUGGUGAUUUCAAUGAGUUUAAUCUCAUAUUAGAUGAUGAUGACCGUGUCACCAUGAUUGAUUUCCCUCAGAUGAUAUCAACAUCACAUCCAAAUGCUGAAUGGUAUUUUGAUAGAGAUGUUAAAUGUAUUAAAGAAUUCUUCAAGAAACGUUUCAGCUAUGAGAGUGAACUCUUUCCAACGUUCCAGGAUAUCAGGAGAGAGUGUUCUCUUGACAUCGAGAUUGCUGCCAGUGGCUACACAAAAGAAAUGCAGGAAGAUGAUGAACUGCUUUACCCAGCAGGUCCUGAUGAGGAGGAUCAUAAAACAAGCACAUCAGAACUUGUAGAAGAUCCUGAGUCUACACGCAGCCUUCCCAUCUCAGAUAAAGAUGACGGUGGAGACGUGAAUGAAGUGGAUGAUUUCUCUGAAAGCAGCUCCUCUAAAGGCUUGAUGAAUUGCAGUGAAGAGGCUGAUAUGACUGAAAGUACUGAAAAUACACAGAGGCUGAGUAUGUCCGAGUUGAGGUCUGCCUUAGAACAAGUUGAAGGGCAGCCAACCCUUUGGAACACAAAUAAUGAUGCAGAGAGUGCUGUAAUUGCUUUCACUGAGGACAAAACAGGAACUGAAAAUGCGGCUGAAGUUGAAAAUCAGACAGGUCCAGGAGAAGGCCCUGAUGACAAGGACAAUGAAGACGAAUGCCCUGAUCUGAUUGACUUGUCAACAUUAAACAAGCAAUUCAGGCCUUACAGAAAUGAAGAGAGUAUGAGUCACAUUAAUGAGCACAGAACCCGGACUAAAAGCAUCUCAUCGGUCAGCAGUGUCGGGGCCUGUUCAACCAUUCCACCAGAACUGGUGAAACAGAAGAUAAAACGUCAGCUGACCAAGCAACAGAAGGCUGCUCUGAGGCGGCGGCUGCAGAAAGGAGAGGCCAAUAUUUACACCAAACAGCGUCGAGAAAACAUGCAAAACAUUAAGUCCAGUUUGGAUGCGGCCAGUUUCUGGGGAUAACCCAUGAAAAUUUCCUUUAGAACAUCACAUAUCAUACACGUUUGAAAAAUCAUAUUUUGGAGCAAUAGCCCUUUUAUACAAUGGAAUGUUAUUUUCCAAA